GAAGGGCCGGGGCGCAGGCGGGCUGCCAGGGGAGAGGGCUGGCGGCUGUGAGCUCGAGUGUCUGCUUUCCGUAACGCAAAGUUUCUGUGGUACGGCCUGAAAGGCUCGCAAGGUGGGAGGGGAAGGGCUGCGCCGCUCCCGAGCUGGAAACUUGAGGGCUCCUUCGUGUUCCCUCGGGAGGCUCCCUCCCGCCCGGGGGAGGCGGCGGCUGGCGCUGUCUGACGGGGAGCGGGGACGGGCGGCAGCGCCUUCGUACGGAACACAGCAGCGCUGCCCGGCGUAAACGGUGUUCCAGGUGCUGGCGAGGAUGUGCUGUUCCUGAGGGCUGUUGGGGAAGGGUGGCGAGCUCCCAGGGACGGAGGAGGAGGAGGAAGGCACCGCUCCCCUGCUGCCCUGGCGCCCGCCGCGGGGUACAGUGAGCCAUUUGCUUUCCCGAAAGCCGGAGAUCCGAAUCCAUGCGCGGACUCGGGCGGCGCUCCCUUAGGCCCCGCUGCUUGGCUCACCAAAGGCGAAAGAAGCUGGAAGAGAAGGAGGCGGGAGCGGUUCGUAGGGCAGGAUGGUGCCCCGUGACCGUGAUUCCAUCAGCUGCAACUUUCCGUCUAGGAUUCACUGCUGGUUGAAUGUGAAGAUAGUAGAUGAGAGUAGAAAAGCAGUUCCGUGUUUAUAGGCAGCAGUAAAUUGCCCGCUCCUCCUCUGUCUUUAAAAAAAAAAAAAAAUCCCCAAGAUUUCUCUGCUUGGAGAAAGUUUCAUUGCUUUCUAGUAGUGGCUCCUUAUUAUUUCUUGAUCUUUUCCCCCUGGGAAGGAGUUACAGGGAAGCCAUAUCAAGUCUUCCUGACAGAGAUUUCUUAAUGCAUCCAAACACUACAUAUAAGGUUCUCUUUCUGUACAAAAGAAUCUGUUAAGAUAUAUAAGAACAAAACCUGUGAGGGAUGUGAAUAUUUCUGUCAAAGCCUGUGCCUUUUCAAGAAAAACUCGUCAUUUUACCAGAUGGAGGCAGAAAUAAUUUCUACUGUGUUCUUUUACAUCUGUUGCUCUUCAAAUAACUACAGAUGCUUACAAAAGCUUAUGAUGGAGUCAUAAGAUGAGUGAGGGGGGAGGAGGGAAGAAGAACCACUGAAAGAUGUUGAUCUCUGUGACCCCAGAGCUAUGCAAGAGCACAUGAGUUGUAAUGGAUUUACAGGAACGUGAUGUUAACAUAUGGCUCCCUGGGCAUUUAUUGACAUAUGUAGCAUCAGUGAUGAUUCUUAGAGAUUGUGAAGUGGGGUGUGAUGAGCAUGCUUUGAUUCACACAAACAGAAUAAUUUAAGAUCUGCACAGGGGCUCUGUACGAGCUCUACCACUGCACCAUUUUUGCUAUAAUAAUAAAAGGCUGGUUUUUAAUCCUUUGGGAAUACAUUGCAUUGCUUCUCAUCAAACAUGCAGACUUUUUCUGUAGCAUAUGUGCCCAUUUACCUCUGAUCUCUGCAUGUUUUUACUGUUCUUGAUCUAAGUAAAAUAGCUGAAGUUCUUUUAAAUGUGAGAGCUGUUGUGUGGAAAUGGGUGUUUUAUUCACUAAUUAUAGUCAAAAACUGACUGCUGUUGCAUGCAUGACAUAAGACGUGGAAAAUCAGUCCCUUUUCUGUCUCUCCCAAUGAUAGCAAAAAAGCUGAAUUUAUGCUGGCCUGACAGAAUCCAGAUUACCAAGCAUAGCAAAGUUUCCAGUUCUCUUGCUGUAAGGACUCUGUAGUGAGUAACUGGCACUGUAAAAUACCUUUUCUCAGGAAACAAAUCUGACUUGGAGACAUAAAGGUCAUAGGGCUCCAUUUCAUGUGAAACGGAGCAUUGCUUUCAUACAGCCACCUCUGGAAGAUUGAUUGUGUUUUGAAUGCUACAAGACAGAAGGCUGUACUAGUGGGGACUCCACUAGCCCUGGGUUGGCACUCAGGUUUGUGUGCUUCACUGUUUUCCUGCCAGAGCUGGAUACUAGGUGUUGUGUAAAUCCUGAACAUAUUCCAGCUACUGGCUGCAGGUAACUAGGUAAGUAGCACAGGACUUGAUUUCACAGGCAAUUUAGAGGAACAGUUUUUGUCAGAAGAACUUAUGCAAGGUUGCAGAAGAAGUAGUAUUGAUUGAGUUUUCAGCUCUUCAGAAAUAUUCUAGAUUGGUCUCAAAUCAGUUGCUUUGAGGGACAGUUGUUAAUUAAGUUGCUCCUUGUAUUACCUUUAUUGUAUCAUCCUACACAGUCUCCCUGGGAGCAGUCAGCUCAAUAAGGGACUCAACUCCCUAGCUGACCCAAAAGUUGAAAUGUUUUUUAGCUUUUCUGUAAGAUUCUUUAGCCCCUUUACAUACAGCAUUUACCUUUGACAAGACUUCGUUGCAAUAAACCAGCACAUUCUUUGCUGCCAGGGGUCUUGCAGCACUGGGAGUGGAACAGACAGUUUUGCUAGAAGAAAGAGCUAGGAGACCUUAGUAAAAAGAGGAUGUGAGGAUGGCAAGGCCAGGAAAAGUAGAAAUGCAUAUAUGCUUGCACAAUGCUGAGAGUAGAGGGAGCUCAGAGGAAACACAAGAUAAAAGUGCCAGUGAGUGCCUUCAUGCAGUAGACACUGGCGCCACUGCAUCUUAUUGACAUGGAUUGUACAAAACCUUGCUGGAAGUACUGAUGCUUUUACUGUACCUCUUAGUAUGACAAAUUUCAUUUCCCUUUUUCAUUUCCCUCCUUAUUCCUGGCCUGAUCCCCAUCUUGUUUCCUCUUUUUAUUCUCAGUUGCACAGGUUUAUGAUUGCCACACUUGCUGCUGCUUCUCAUAUCACUUCAAUCCCCGUCAACAUUUCAUUUGGCCAAGACCCUGUCUUACUUUUCUUCUUGGUGGGUAAGUGGAUAGGAAGCUUUUCCACACGAGUGUUUCUCCUGUUUGUCUCCCCGUACCAGACUCCUGCUUCACUCAGAUAGAACUGAAAUAGUGAAGAAAAUACUUCUAUAUGGCUUGGUGAUAUGAAGGACAGAUUUCUUGUUUGCCUGAAGUUAAAUCCAAGCUGACCUGUCACUACAAACGGACAGUUUUUCAAAGAUGAGGCUUGGUGGAACAGCUUUUUGGUAUCUCAACUAUGGAAGGCCAACUUUGUGCUAAUGUGGACAUUUCAGUGAAAAAACCUCCAGGAGCAAGCCCUCAGUCCUUCAUUGCUUUGCUGAAGGUUCACCGAGAGCUUCUGGUCAGCAGGAUCCGAAACACGCAGUGUUUGAUUGAUAACUUGAUUAAGAACGACUACUUCUCCACUGAAGAUGCAGAGAUUGUUGUCCAGUUUCCCACUCAAGCAGAUAAGGUUCGCAAAAUUCUAGACUUGGUUCAAAGCAAGGGAGAAGAAGUUUCGGAAUAUUUCAUCUUUGUCCUGCAGAAAGUCACCGAUGCUUACUAUGAACUUCAGCCUUGGCUGGAGGAAAUAGGUUACGAGCCUUCAGAGAAUAUUUGUAGUAAACCUGUGGUAAAUACAGAUCCAGUUAGCAGGUAUUGCCAGAAACUCAGACAUGAGCUGGGACGGGACUCCAAGUUUGUUAUGUUGUACGCUCAGAAGGAGGAGAUGGUCCUUGAAGAAAUCUACUCCAACAGUAUUAUGGAGCUGGUCAGUUUUACCAAUGAGAGUCUUGGCCAGGUGGGUCAAUUAGAAGCCCUUUUUGAUGAUGCAACUGGGCUAAUUAAUGAAGAUGGAGAGACUGUUUAUGUCUACGGUGAUGCAGGAAUUGGAAAAUCCAUCUUGCUGCAAAAGAUACAAAGCCUUUGGGCCAGAAAAGAAUUGGACAUAGGGGCCAAGUUUUUCUUCCGUUUUCGGUGUAGGAUGUUUAGCUGCUUCAAGGAAGAUGAAGUCAUAUGUUUGAAAGAUCUGCUCUUCAAGUAUAAUUGCUACCCAGACCAGGACCCCACAGAAGUGUUCCAUUACAUCUUGCAGUUCCCUCAUACAGUUCUUUUCACUUUUGAUGGCUUUGAUGAGAUCUAUUCCAACUUUGAUCUCAGCAGUGUACCUGAGAUAUGCUCACCCAAUGAACCCAUCCACCCCCUGGCGCUGCUUGUAAGCCUUCUCAGAGGAAAGCUUCUUAAGGGAUCCAAGAAAAUUCUUACCGCCAGGACAGGAACUGAGAUCCAAAAAAACAUCAUUAGGAAGAAGGUGGUGCUCCGCGGUUUCUCCAGGAAUAACCUGAAGGAAUACACAGCUAUGUUUUUCAAAGAUGAGCGGCAACGAGCACUGGUAUCAAACCAGCUGGAAGCUAACCCAAAUCUCUGCAGUUUGUGUUCAGUGCCUUUAUUUUGCUGGAUUAUCUUCAAAUGCUUUGAGCACUUCCACUCCAUGUUUGACAGCCACGAGCUUCCAGACAGUUCAGUUACAUUAACAGAUGUAUUUUUGCUCAUGAUUGAAGUCCACCUGAACCGAUCUGUGAAAACAAGUUUGCUGAAGAGCAAUAUCAGGAGUCAAGCAGAGAUGUUCAGAACAAGAAAGGAAAGUCUUCUAGCUUUGGGUAAAAUGGCAUACAAAGGGAUGGAGAACUCUUCCUUUAUCUUUGAGCAGGAGGAAGUCUCGUCGGCAAACAUCUCUGAAGAAGAUUUGCAAUUGGGCUUUCUCAGGACAGUUAAAGGUUACAGUGGCUGUAACAAUCAGGCCACUUAUGAGUUCUUGCACUUAACCCUUCAGUCCUUUUUCACAGCUUUGUUCUUGGUUAUGGAGGAGAAGGUGGGUACCAAGGAGUUACUUGAGUUUUUCAAUGAAUGUUCUUCCAUGGAGACUGCCCAGCCUACUUGCUUUCGUAUCCCCUGGCUGAAGAAACAGCUGGCAGGGGAGGAUCCUUUCCAAAAUAAAGAACACUUUAAUUUUACCAACAUGUUUCUUUGUGGCCUACUUUCUGGAUCCAAGCAGAAGCUCUUCAGACAUUUAGUUUCACCUGCAGUCAUUAAGAGGAAGAGAAAAACACUCAUCACAUACCUUGGGCAGAGCAUGAAAUCCCAUCUGAAAGGCUACACUCGGUCCAGGCUUAAAAGCUACAAUCAGGUGCAGGUGCAGCCCAACUUUGUGUGGAUGCUGAGGUGCCUGUAUGAGACGCAGAGUGAGAAGGUGGGGAGGAUGGCAGCCCGCCGCAUGCACGCCAACUACAUCAAACUGGCCUACUGCAACGCCUGCUCUGCCGACUGCAGCGCCAUCUCCUUUGUUGUGCACCACUUCCAAAAGCACCUGGCUCUGGAUUUGGACAACAACAACAUCAAUGACUAUGGAAUAAAACAGCUGCAGCCUUGUUUCAGCAAGCUUGCAGUGAUCAGGCUCAGCGUAAAUCAGGUCACAGAUCACGGUGUAAGGAUCUUGUAUGAAGAACUCUCCAAGUACCAAAUUGUGUCUUUCUUGGGCUUAUACAACAACCAAAUCACUGAUGUUGGAGCCAAAUAUGUUGCAAAACUAAUUGAAGAGUGUUCAAGCCUCGAGUAUGUAAAAAUAGGAGCAAACAAAAUAACAAGCGAAGGAGGGAAGUGCCUUGCCCAGGCCAUCCAGAAGAGCAAGACAAUGUUUGAAAUUGGGAUGUGGGGUAAUCAAGUUGGAGACGAAGGAGCAAAAGCAUUUGCAGAGGCCCUGAGGAACCACCCCAAGUUAACAAACGUGAGUCUCGCAUUCAAUGGCAUCACGACAGAGGGAGGCAAAAGAAUUGCUGAAGCCAUGCAACACAACAACUCUGUGAGGAUAUUCUGGUUGACUAAAAACGAGCUGGAUGAUGAGGCAGCAAUGAGUUUUGCAGAGAUGCUGAAGGUCAACAAGAAACUGGUGCAUUUAUGGCUUAUCCAGAAUCAAAUUACAGCCAAAGGGGUGAAGUGCCUCAACGAAGCUCUCAAGGAGAACACAACUAUUCAAGAAAUCUGCUUGAACGGGAACCUGAUAAGCCAAGAAGAGGCCAAAGCGUUUGAAAAUGAAGAGCGGAUCAUUUGCUUUUGAAUGAGGACUUUCCCAUUUUGCCAAGCUGGUGUUAACAAAGGUUACUCCUACACUUUGACUGCAGAGUUUAUAAAGGCAUAAAUCUACAGUGCUUGUGGCAG